GAUGGAGCUGUGCCAGUUUUCCCCAUCCUUCUUCUUCGACGGCUCGCCCUGCCUGCCUUCCCCCGAGGGGGAGCUGGCCGAGGAGGGCUUCGCGCCCCGGAUGGCCGCCUCCGCCUCCUUCGGCGACCCUCGCCGGCCGCCUCCGCAGUACCCGGUCGAGCUGCCCGGAGGGGGCUCGGACGGCGAGGAGCAGCACGUGCGGGCGCCCACGGGCCACCCGCAAGCCGGGCCCUGCCUGCUGUGGGCUUGCAAAGCCUGCAAGAAGAAGGCCAGCACGGGCGACCGGCGCAAGGCGGCCACGCUGCGCGAGCGGCGCCGCCUCAAGAAGGUCAACCAGGCCUUCGAGGCCCUCCGGCGCUGCACGGGCGCGGCCAAGCCCAGCCAGCGGCUGCCCAAGGUGGAGAUCCUGCGCAACGCCAUCCGCUACAUCGAGCGCCUGCAGGAGCUGCUGCGCGAGCAGGUCCACCACUACUAUCGCUUCCCCGACGCCGCCGGGCCCAGCUGUUCCGAGCCCUCCAGCCCCACCUCCAGCGGCUGCUCCGACGGCCUGGUUGAAUGCAACAGCCCCAUGUGGUCCAGGAGAAACAGCACUUACGACAAUGUCUACUGCUCUGAUCUCCCAAACGUAUAUUCCUCAGAAGCCAGCACGGCCCUCUCCAGCCUAGAUUGUUUAUCCAGCAUAGUGGAUAGAAUCUCUUCCUCGGAUCAAGCUGGGCUUUCCCUACAAGACGCUGCUUCCCUCUCUCCCAGUGCCGGCGCUGAGUCACAGCCAGGCACUCCAGAGACCCCUUGCCCCAAGCUCAUCUAUCAUGUACUAUGAGAUUUGAAACCGGCUCGGACGUUGAGAAGGGCUCCCGACGGCAACCCAGAGACUUCUCCAUUGAAAUACGAGGCCCUCGGAAUUCCAGUGGAUCACAAAUAUGUAUAUAGAGGAGCAGUCACUUUAAAAUGUGCAUAUUUGCAAAUACCUUUGCCCUGCCUCCCCUCUGCAAGGGGAAUAACAUUAUAUUUAACCAAACAACAAUCAUUUUAAAGAUUAUGUACUAUAAGUUGGAGUUUUAAAUUGUACCACAGUAAUAUCUUAGUUAUUGUCAAGAAUGGAAGUGGCACAUCCAGAGACAGGGACAGAUGUGAAACUGCUCCAUGUUUUGGGAUGCCCAAAAAAACCAGCAGAAUUUAAAUUAUAUUUUCAUAAGUGUCCUUUCCCUGUUGAUGAGAAGUGAACUGUUUGCAGCAGUCUGCUGUUUUUAUAUGCCAAAUACAGCAUGUAAAGAGUUUUAAACCCAGGCAGCUCCACUGUUAAGCAGGCGAGAUUGAGUUUGGUAUUGGACAGCAAAUUUAGUUUUAUUAUAUUUUACCACU